CGGUGUAAAAUCAUUGGCGUACAAGUAUUGAAGAAGCCAUUUCAGGAGCAAUUGGAGACAAGGGAAGGGAGGAGAUUGAGCAGAUUUUUCUGGAAUUUACUGUCGGAGGUAGAUAGGCGAUGGGCAAUGGGACGAUUAGAUGCCUUGAUCGUCUGUGAGAGAGAGAGAGAGAAAGGAGGGUCAUACGAAGAUUGAAACCAUGGCAGAAACAGAAGGGUUCCAACAAAGAUUGAAAUCACGAUGUUGAGGGUUAUACAUUUCCGGCGAAGAUUGAAACCAUGCGGAGCUGGUGAUGAAGCUUCUGCUGAACUGGUUCUGUUUUUGCCUCUGUUCCCAUACGAAGCAGGCAAAAGAAGGCCGAUCGGAGGAACACCGAAAAGGAAAUCAAAUAUCAGCAACUUCUACAUGCAAUUCCCUUUUACAGGAAGUCGACGGACAAUCCACCCAGAUUCUCGUUACGAUCUGAGCACAAGCUAAGAAACGAAGAGAUCAAAGUCAAAAAGAAACUCGAAAUGGCAACUAGGGUCUCCAAUUUCUCCGAUUUGAUUCAACGAGUAACGGCUUCUUGCUUGUUGUAUCCACUCUCACGAGGGCGUGAUGCGAGAGAAGACUUAGAAGAUCGAACCGAGUAUGAAGAUGCCGAGGUUCAACAGUUCGGCGAAGAAUACGGGGAUGAAGAAGAGGAAUACAAGGUUUGGGAAGAGAAGAAAAAGCUGGUGAGCGUGGAGAAGGUGAGGGAAAUGGAGGUGUUAAUGGGGGAGGUAUUCGAAGUGGUGUCGGCGGUGAAAAGGGCAUAUGUUGGCUUGCAGGAGGCGCAUUGUCCUUGGGAUUCGGAGAAGAUGAGUGCUGCCGACAUUGCGGUGGUGACGGAGUUGAGGCGACUGGUCUCUCUGAAAGACAAGUUCCGGAGGAGGUUUAUAGGAGCCGGAAAAGGAGAAUCACUGGGGCUGGUCUCGCUGAGGGACGCGGUGGCGCCGUACGAAGCGGCGAUAGAUGAGCUUAAGAAAGAGGUGAAAGCGAAAGAGGUGGAGGUAGAGAACUUGAAGGAGAAGCUGCACAACGUCACUACUACUUCUACUUAUAGUGGUAAAAAAGGGAGGUUUCACUCGUUCCACUCCAAGAGGAAAGUCAGUUGCUGCCAAGGUCAAGUGGCGGAAACGCCUGCACCGGAACUGUUCGAAGAAACGAUGAACCAGGUCAAAGAAACCUGCAAGUCUUUCACAGCUCUGCUUCUCUCGUUCAUGCGAUCUGCUCACUGGGACAUCGCCGCUGCCGUGCGAUCCAUUGAAGCCGCCACCAACCCCAACGCCAUCGAAGACCGUACAAGCGCUAUUGUUGGAGCUCAUCACGCUAAGUACGUACUGGAGUCUUAUGUGUGCAGGAAAAUCUUCCAUGGAUUCGACAACGAGACAUUCUACAUGGAUGGCAGCCUCUCCUCGCUUCUCAACCCCGAGCAAUUCCGACGAGACUGCUUCUCCCAGUUUCGAGAUAUGAAAGCCAUGGACCCGGCCGAGCUCCUAGGGAUCUUGCCUACUUGCCAGUUCGGCAAGUUCUGCUCUAAGAAGUACCUCUCUAUUGUUCACUCCAAGAUGGAGGAAUCUCUCUUCGGAGACUUGGAGCAAAGACGCCUAAUUAUGGCGGGAAACCACCCGAGGACCGAGUUCUAUGGAGAGUUUUUGAGCCUGGCGAAGGCGGUUUGGCUGCUGCACUUGCUGGCUUUCGCACUCAAGCCGGCGCCGUGUCAUUUUCAGGCAACCGGAGGAACAGAGUUUCACCCUCAGUACAUGGAGAGUGUCAUCAAAUUUUCUGGCGGUGUGCCAGUGGGUUCAGUAGUGGGAUUUCCGGUUAGUCCUGGGUUCGAGCUUGGCAAUGGUUCGGUUAUCAAGGCCAGGGUUUACCUCGUCCAGAGGGCUUAGGGAAUUGGGACUUACGGAGUUCGGACCUUGGGGCUUGGGGUGAUGGAGUUGCAGUGUGUAAUAGCAACGGGACACGUGUUGAUUAAUAUAAAUGAACCAAGUUAUCAACCCUCUA